AUGUCUAAAUUAAAUAAUCCAAACGCUGAAGGUUAUACUGUUGUUAGAGGUUUAUGGAAAUUAUAUUAUAACCAAGGAGAACGUAAUUAUAUUGCUCCAAAAAGGUGUAAUGGUACUUAUGAUGAUCAUAAAUUUGUUGUAUGGCCGAUUGCUGUUGCAAGUCAAGCCGUUGUUGAUGGUGCAAGAAUAUAUCCAGAAUUAAAACCAUUAAUACCUGCAGCUUGUGAAAUCUUUUUUAAAUAUAAAAAUCAAAGUAAGCAUGCUUAUUCAGCUACUGAAAAUAAAGAUAAUGAUAUUUAUUAUGAUGAUAACGCACAAAUUGCAAGUUGUUUAAUUACUGCUUAUGAAGUAACUGGGAAUCCACAAUAUUUAGCCCAAGGUAGAGAAUUGGUUGAUUUUUUAAUGACUGGUUGGAAUAAUGAUCCAAAAGCUGCAACAAAAGGUGGUAUGUUAUGGCAUAUAAGUAAAAGUUUAUUAAAUGCAUGUACCACCGCCGAAGUUGCAAAAGCAUGUUUACAACUUUCAAGAUUUGUUAAAGAUGGUAAAAGAUAUAUUGAUUUUGCAAUCAAAUGUAUUCAAUGGCAAUUUAACGUCUUACAAGAUCCUUCAGAUAAAUUGAUUAUGGAUGGUGUUGGUAAAGGUGAAACAAAUGUAAGUGAGGUAAAAUAUUCGUAUAAUUUAGGUACAACAUUAACAGCUGCGUCACAUAUUUAUCAAAUUACAAAAGAUGAAUAUUGGUUGAAAAAGGCAACUGAAUUAGCAGAAGCAGGUAUUAAUAGAAAUGUUUUCUUUUAUGAUCGUGAUUUCCCUGAUCAUUUAAGAUAUUGGAGAGAUGGUUCAUAUUUCAAUCAAUUAUUAAUUGAAGGUUUAGCUGAUUAUCUAUUAUAUUGUGAUGAUGCAGUUUCAAAUGAAUUUGGUCUUAAAAUUCAAGAAGAAAUAAAACGUCAUUUAAUCAUGUUUUAUGAAUUUAUGAAAGAUCCAAAAGGCGGAUUAUAUAUUCAAAGUUUUGAACCACACAAUACUUAUAAAGAAGUAUAUGAUGCCAAAUAUAAAAACUGGUUUGGAGAUGGUAAAGGUUGGGGUUUAAAAGGUGAAGAUAAAGGUGAUGAUGGUAAUCCACAAUAUUGUUUAAUGGGUCUCGGUGCUGCAGCAAGAGUGUUUUUCCAAGGUGCAAGAGUUGCUCCUAAUAUAGAUUAUUAA